AUGCAUCACUUUUCCUCUCAGGAUCACUCUAGGCAUGAAGAACUGAGCAUCCGUAACCAAGAGGAUCUCCAGUGUCGCGGUCAUCAGACUCUUCACUCUGAUGCUUUCCCACCUCGCAAGGAAUCAGUCGAGGAUGCAGAUGACGGCUUGACGCGCGCAUUUCAAGUCAGCGAGCACAUUGUUAGCAUCCCUAAUCCUUUGCGUAUCAUGAUUCCAUCGACGCCAGUCAAACCACCGUCCUUCCUUUCCCCACGUCUCCAACAAGAGGAUCCUGUGGAGCUUGCUUCCUCGCCCGCCUCGGAGAGUACUGCGAGUGACCUGUCGUUGGGCAAUCCACCGAGCUACACCGACAAGACUCGGCCCCACAACUCAAACUUGGAGGAACCAGUCUCAUAUUCUCCCAUGGAAAAGGGUAAAUGGAGGAUGCCAGUGGAGGAGAAGGACGGCGCCACGCCAGAGCCUUUUGGAGAUAGCAACGAGCUCCACGGUCAAACGCCAUCCCAUGACCUGACGGAGUCUGAACGAGAAAGCAUCACGAAUCAAGAUGAAGAGUUGGCCAUGGCUCUUCUUUUCGAAGACCUUCGCGAGCAAGGUUAUUCGGCGGAACAGAUUGAAGAGUAUACGAUCAACUUGCAGGUCAUGCGCGUGCAAGAAGCGGAGACCAAGACAUUUGAUCAACAUAUUCCUGCUUCUACACCCUCUCGCGACAAUCAGCUCACCUUGGAACGCAGUAUCGAAAAGGUGGCGGACAACAUUCUGGAGACGUACAUGGCUCGUGAUCUUCCACCGGCAUAUGGUCCAAACUAUGCUCCAGAACCAUCGACGUCCACCUCUAGAUCGCCUAUUCUCGCUGCUCGUCGUCUGAGCAUAGGCAGCCUCGGGGAUACUCAUAGCUUACCCAAAGGCGGCAGUGGCAUUUCUCGGCAAGGCUCGUACAGUAAUGCCUCUGUCCUCGAGGAAGACCAAGUACUCGAGCUCGAAAAGGAACUCGAGAGGCGUAUGGAGGAAUUGUUCAUGCAUCACCGCGCCAAUUUGCUCCGAGAUUGGGAAUCCAUGAUGAGCUCCUUCAAGCGUGAUAUGCACGAUCGUGAGAAGGGUAGGGAUGCUCGAAGGUGGACAGCGUAUCGCCAUCACGAGCAGUGCCAGUAUCCACACCAGGCUUACGAUUACGAGUACCAUUCGCCUGCAUCAAGGACGCCCAAUUUUCCUCCUUAUUUGCGCGAGUCAUAUGAUGGUCAACGUUAUUCUACUGGUCGCGGCAGUCGCUAUCGACGUCAGCGUUCCCAACAUCCUGUAUGGUACGGCCAGCCAUACUAG